AUGUUGGCGCUCCUCUACAUUUCAGAAGUUCAUCAUCACAAAUUGACAAGUGUCGUCAGAACUGCUGUGACUGGGUGGAAUUCAGAUGCUAAUGAUGACGUCACAGAUUCAAAAAGCUUCAGCAAACAAUACAAAUCGAUUCUGAUUUGGAACAACAGCCCCAAAGUGAUCGAGACGGCAAUUUUUGGUUUCGGUCACGAUCCUUUCGUUCUGGAGGGAUGCGAGUUUUCCGACUGUACCAUUUUCAACCAGGAGUCGGCUGCAUCGUUACCUUUGGAAGAAUUUGACGCUGUGAUUGUGCAGAUUUCGACAAUGUGGCUCAGCGAUUUGCCUGAAAAUCGCACGAAACACCAGCGCUUCAUCUUUUUCGCUCAAGAGUCGCCAGCGUCGAUGACCGAAUCUCUGACCGACAUUUUUUCAAUGCGCAACUAUUUCAACUGGACCAUGAGCUACCGAUCCAAUUCAGACAUCCAAUUCUUGUACGGACGAAUUCAGCCGGGACCGACAGCCCCGAAGACUCGAGAGGAAACUCUUCGCUUGAUGAAAGACAAUCGAAAUAAUAAUAAGAAUUACGCCGCUAAUAAAAUCAAGUUGGUCGCCUGGAUGGUUGGUCAUUGCGACACGCUAGGAUUACGGGAAAUUUACGUCAGUCAACUGGCCAAAUUCAUCCCGAUCGACGUUUACGGCAAGUGUGGCAAUCUGAGCUGCUCCCGCAACACUAUGCACGCCUACUCCGAUCCCCAAUGCUACCAAAUGCUGGAAGCCAAAUACAAAUUUUACCUGUCGUUCGAGAAUUCCAUCUGCGAGGAAUACGUCACCGAGAAAUUCUUCGAGAUCGCCAAUCGGGACAUUGUCCCCAUCGUCUACGGUGGGGCCGAUUACAAACGGAUCGCACCUCCUCAUUCCUUCAUCGACGCCCUGGAAUUCACGCCCGAAGCACUGGCCCAGUACCUGACCAUUCUGGACGCAAACGACGAGCUCUACAACGAAUUUUUCUGGUGGAAAAGUCACUACAAAGUCGAAGCUGGAUUGCAGCAAAUGGCUCGCCACGGUUUCUGCGACUUGUGCAAGAAACUCCAUCAGGAUCAAGUCCCGAAAUGUUACCCCGAACUGGAAACCGAGUGGGACCCGAAAAAUAAAUGUUGGGAAAAUUAG